AUGACGGCAGAGAAUCACGAUGAAGUCGUCGAUGUCUUUAGCGGAUUCGCACCGCCCUCGACGCUUUCAUUAUUCGAUGCGAAAACUCGUUCAUUGUACACGUCCAUUAUCGUCAUACUCAAAGUCUAUCCGGUGCUUCUACUCGUCUUGGGUUCAUUGGGAAAUCUCCUUUCCUUCUGUGUUCUGUUACGUGCAGCUAUGCGACGAUAUUCAACAUUCUGUUAUCUAGCAUGUCUCGCUCUCGUCGAUCUCGGAGUGAUCACCACUUUCUGUGUCAAUUUCAUUUCGUUAUAUCAUUUUCAUUAUGAUAUUCAAACCGAAUCAUUUCCAUGUAAAUUGUUCGCAUUUUGCAUUUAUUUUCUUCCGCAAUAUUCCUCGUGGAUAUUAGUUGCUGUCAGCAUCGACCGUGUUAUCUCAGCAAAAUAUCUUCGUCUUGCAAAAACUUGGUCUAAACCAAGACAUUCAGUUCUAGUGACGAUCAUUCUCGGUUUGUUUCUCACGAUAUUAAAUAGUCAUUUUCUUCUCUAUGAAAAUAAUUCAAUUAAACAACGAAAUCCAGAAUCAGUGAACACCCGAAACGAUCAACAACGAAUUCUCCACAAUAGCACAGCUAUCGAUGGAUACUUAUCAUCGAAAUCGCAGUUCUCAUUCACAAAUUCAGAAGCAAACAGUGGAGGUACAAGUGAAAGUCAUGAACGACUCACAACGACAAGUGAUUCAUCAUUAUCUUAUGAAGUAUUUACAAGACCACCAUCUCCAAGUAUUCAUCAAGAGCGAACUUAUGAGACUCUUCUUACAGCAAUUAAACAAGAUGCAAUCCCAUUCUUCGAUGUGAAUGUUAUUCAUUGUUCAUUAGAGAAUUCCAAAGAACAUGCAAAUCUGUAUGUGUAUUGGGUUUGGAUUGAUUUAGCAAUGAAUGUUUUCAUCCCAUUUACGGCAAUGAUUGCGUGUACAAUAAUUAUCAUUUUAACACUGAUUCGUUCAUCCUCGAGAGCUGGUUCGACGUCGGCCCGUCGUUCGCGCCGUCGACGAAACAUAUCUGUGAUGUUAAUCACUGUCAACCUUGUUUUUAUUAUUUUAACAGCACCGAUCGUUAUCCUCUUAAGUGUUUACGAAUAUGUCAAAGAUGACACAAAUUUAUAUCGACAAACUGUCUUAGUUCUAAUUAAAGUUCUUUGUAUAAUUUUAAUGAAUCUCAAUCAUUCGAUUAAUAUUGUUAUCUAUUCGGCAACGGCGAAAGAAUUUCGCACUGAAAUGGUAAAUUUCAUACAAGCAGUUCUUUAUUUCAUUAUCGGCAAGCCUUUGACACCGACUGAACUUGCUUUCCUGCAACACGAUGGAACAAUUUCAUCACGUUUAAGACAAAUUCGUCGAAAUCUUUUCAAAUGUUGUCAAAUCAAAUUACGUUCAAGUUCUCCGAACACGACUGACACCAGUGGAUUACAACAUACAACAACUCACGGCGGCUCGAGUCAAACACGUUCAUCAAAUAGUAAUAAGCGAAGUAAACGUCAUCGUUCAGAUGGCAAUGGAAAAGCAAAAUACUCAAUAACACUAAACAGUGAAACAUCAACUAACCCAACUAGUCAUCGUCUAAUUGUUAAACUCCAACCCGAUCCCGUUUCAUCGAUCUAUGAACGUGAAGAUAUGUCAUUUCAUGGUUUAUCUAUAUCCACGGAAGAUUAA